CCGAGAGCCGUGGGCACCGGGGCGCACGGACUGCAGAUGCCCCCUGUGCUGGCUUGACUGUGGCAGCUGCGCCUUCAGGACGCAAAUGCAGUUUCGGGGAGCUGGGACUGAGUGCGAAAUUAGUCUCACCUGGGGGCUCCACGUCCGUGGGCGAAGGGGAUGCGAUGGAGGCCGUGGCUAGCGCUUCCCCGAUGAGGAGAGUCUGCCUUCCCUUGCUGGAGUGUCCUCAUGUGCUGCCCUGGAAGCCAGUCACACCUGUGGGGUUGGACUUUAGGGGCCGCUUAAAGUUAGGCUAUCCUAGUUGCGUGAUUCUGACAGCCUGCUUGGCUGGGGUGGGGGAGAGCGGAUGGGAGAUGUUUUGCGGUGAUGGCCAGAGAGCAAGCCUUACCCAGGUGACGGAGUGAGGCAGGUAGCAGUUGGAGCGUGGCCCAGUGAGAGCUGAGGGACGGGCCACCCAUGGCGUCUUUACUGGGCUUAGUGUUCUGUUAACCUGAGAACUUUCCCUUGCUAAGAACCCUGGAGGAAGGAAGAGACGGAUUCAGCAGCGUUGAUGCAGGUGCAUGCUCUUACCCCAGCAGGUCCCACCCGAAAGAUGCCCCCCAGCGCCAGUGCCGUGGACUUCUUCCAGCUCUUUGUCCCCGACAACGUCCUCAAGAACAUGGUGGUGCAGACAAACAUGUACGCCAAGAAGUUCCAGGAGCGGUUCGGGAGCGACGGGGCCUGGGUGGAGGUGACGCUGGCGGAGAUGAAGGCGUUCCUGGGCUACAUGAUCUCCACCAGCAUCUCCCACUGUGAGUCCGUCCUCAGCAUCUGGAGCGGCGGCUUCUACAGCAACCAGAGCCUCGCCCUCGUCAUGAGCCAGGCCCGCUUCGAGAAGAUCCUCAAGUACUUCCACGUCGUGGCCUUCCGCUCCAGCCAGUCCACGCACGGGCUCUACAAAGUCCAGCCCUUCCUCGACUCCCUGCAGCACAGCUUCGACUCUUCCUUCAGGCCUUCCCAGACCCAGGUGCUACAUGAACCCCUGAUCGACGAGGACCCCGUGUUCAUUGCCACAUGCACAGAGCGGGAGCUGCGCAAGAGGAAAAAGCGGAAAUUCAGCCUCUGGGUCCGACAGUGCUCUUCCACUGGCUUCAUCAUCCAGAUUUACGUCCACCUGAAGGAGGGCGGGGGCCCAGACGGCCUGGACGCGCUGAAGAAUAAGCCCCAGCUGCACAGCAUGGUGGCCCGGAGCUUGUGCCGGAACGCGGCGGGCAAGAACUACAUCAUCUUCACGGGGCCCAGCAUCACCAGCCUGACCCUGUUUGAAGAGUUCGAGAAGCAAGAGAUUUACUGCUGCGGCCUGCUCAGCUCCAGGAAGAGCGACUGCACCGGCCUCCCGCUGUCCAUGCUGACCAACCCGGCCACCCCGCCGGCCCGGGGCCAGUACCACAUCAAGAUGAAGGGGAACAUGUCCCUGAUCUGCUGGUACAACAAGGGACACUUCCGCUUCCUGACCAACGCCUACUCCCCCGUGCAGCAAGGAGUCAUCAUCAAGAGGAAGAGUGGGGAGAUCCCCUGCCCGCUGGCCGUGGAGGCGUUUGCUGCUCACCUUAGCUACAUCUGCAGAUACGAUGACAAGUACAGCAAGUAUUUCAUCUCUCACAAACCAAGCAAGACCUGGCAACAGGUCUUCUGGUUUGCCGUCAGCAUCGCCGUCAACAACGCCUACAUCCUGUACAAGAUGUCGGACGCCUACCACGUGACCAGGUACAGCCGGGCGCAGUUCGGAGAGAGACUCGUCAGAGAGCUGCUGGGCUUGGAGGACGCCUCGCCCACCCACUGAUGCUGGGGGCGCCGGCCCGGGCUGGCAGGGACCAGGUCGAGGAAGAGGAGGAGAGCCGGUUGAGCCCACCUGCCCGGCCAGAGACGUGGAAACACCCUGGUGUGGGCCGCACCCAGGUCCCCAGCGCAGGGUCUCUCGCGCCACCCGUGCGACCUGCAGGCCAACCUCGGCUCUCAGCGAAGGCACCGCGAGAGGAUGAGCUGCAGCGUGUUCCGAGAGAGAUGCCUGCUUCGUGCAGAUCCAAGGAGACUGGAGUUGGGGUUCAAGUUCAAGGUGGAGGAAGCAAGCAGGGAUUGGCUCUGCACGGUUAAGGCAGUUCUGAGGUGUAGCGGGGAGGCCACGGGGGCUUCCAGCAGCUUCUGACGGGUCUCUUAGAAGAAACGCAGCCUGGGUGCGCAGUGCUGAAAUUCGGGACUGAGUGAGGCCUUCCUGCUCCUUUUCCUCUGUGUGGGUGGGGGGAAAGGGAAACGCCAAAAGAGUUACAGUGAAGGGUGAUGCUAUUUUUUAUUUUUAAAUAUAUCUUCAGGUUAUUUUCUUACUGUUGCUUCAGAUCUAAUGUAAAAGGCAGAUGUCCCCCCUCCCCCUCGCCAUCUCCACCCUCCAGCCCCAGUCACGGCUCCUUGCAUGAUCACACACCUCCGUGUUCGGCCUGUGGCCGGCCCGGGAGGGCAGCUCGUUCCCAGAACAGACGUGGCUGUGCUCCGCGGAGGCUUGUCACAGGCUCCGUCAUCCCUGGCAGAAUUACUUGUUUUGAGAAAUAUGUAGCAUUGCUAAACAGACAAAACUCUCUACAGUGACCGGUGACCGUUUGCUCCCUGUCCCCCCUCCGUGUGCACCAGCCCUGGCAGCGUUUGCCGCUCUGAGCGUCCCCCAGGAUGGUGUAGCCGGUCUGGAGAUGGGCUUGAAAUGGGGGCCGGGGGCUUGCUCACCUGAGCGGGACGGGAAAGACCGCGUGCCCAGCAGCCGGAAGCCAGGGCCCCGUUCACCACCUGGAAACAUCUGCGGCUCUUUGUGAAACAAGGUUUAUGC